CGCCUACCUGCCGGGUUUUUGGGCGCACUGUGCGGGUCCCGCCGCAGCCCCGGGGCGCACGCGUUGGGUGGGCCAUGUCAAGUUUGCACCCCCAGUUUGGUUUCUGCGAUCACAACAAAAUGUACCAUUCAAGCCUCGGGAAAAAAUGGGCACAGAGAUGUGGAGGCAUUCUUGAACGUUUGAAUUCUGGAGAAGUUGUGAUUGGAGAUGGAGGGUUUGUCUUUGCACUGGAGAAGAGGGGCUAUGUGAAGGCAGGCCCCUGGACCCCCGAGGCGGCCGUGGAGCACCCAGAAGCAGUCCGCCAGCUUCAUCGAGAGUUCCUCAGGGCUGGAUCCAAUGUCAUGCAAACCUUCACCUUUUAUGCAAGUGAAGACAAGCUGGAGAACAGGGGAAACUAUGUUGCAGAGAAAAUAUCUGGGCAGAAAGUCAAUGAAGCUGCUUGUGACAUUGCCCGGCAAGUGGCUGAUGAGGGGGAUGCUUUGGUGGCAGGAGGUGUGAGUCAGACGCCUUCGUACCUUAGUUGCAAGAGUGAAACUGAAGUUAAAAAAGUAUUUCACCAACAGUUAGAGGUCUUUAUGAAGAAGAACGUGGACUUCUUGAUUGCAGAGUAUUUUGAACAUGUGGAAGAGGCUGUGUGGGCAGUGGAAGCCUUGAAAUCAUCUGGGAAACCUGUGGCAGCGACCAUGUGCAUCGGCCCAGAGGGAGACUUGCACGGUGUGAGCCCUGGCGAAUGUGCAGUGCGCCUCGUUAAAGCAGGAGCUUCCAUCGUAGGUGUGAACUGCCAUUUUGACCCCACAAUUAGUUUGCAGACAGUGAAGCUCAUGAAAGAAGGCUUGGAGGCUGCUGGACUGAAAGCCCACCUGAUGAGUCAGCCCUUGGCCUACCACACUCCAGACUGCAACAAGCAGGGAUUCAUUGAUCUGCCAGAAUUCCCCUUUGGACUGGAGCCCAGAGCUGCAACCAGAUGGGAUAUUCAGAAAUACGCCAGAGAGGCCUACAGGCUGGGGGUCAGGUACAUUGGCGGGUGCUGUGGAUUUGAGCCCUACCACAUCAGGGCGAUUGCAGAGGAGCUGGCCCCAGAAAGGGGAUUUUUGCCACCAGCAUCAGAAAAGCACGGCAGCUGGGGAAGUGGUUUGGACAUGCACACCAAACCCUGGAUUAGAGCCAGGGCCAGGAAGGAAUACUGGGAGAAUCUUCAGAUAGCCUCUGGCAGGCCAUACAACCCUUCCAUGUCAAAGCCCGACGCCUGGGGAGUGACCAAAGGAACAGCUGAGCUGAUGCAGCAGAAAGAAGCCACCACUGAGCAGCAGCUCAGAGAGCUCUUUGAAAAACAGAAAUUCAAAUCUGCACAGUAGCCUCAGUGCAAACCAUCUUUAGUGACUUUUAUGCUCAGGCCACCAUUCUCCCAAAUCAGGAAAAGAUGGCUUAGAAGCAAUGCUUAUGUUAACGCCAGGCUCACACAUAAAAUUGGUAAGAGCUGAACGACACAGAACUACAAAUAACACUUGACGAUUUUAAAAGUAUACUUUAGAAAUUUACUUAGAAGCAAAAUAAGUAAGAAGUACAUCUUAAACAGUUUCCCUCAGACCACGUAUAGGGUGUUAGGGAAAUCACUGUGGCCAAGGAAAAGUUAUUCCUAUAUUUGUUCCUACUUCAAGAAGUUUGCAGGCUGGUAAGAAGGAUGAGACAGCAGCUGUCAUGGCAGAGACAGAUAAAGUGCCAGAGGGAAGUGACUUCCAAGUCCUUUUGAACAUGACCCUUAACAAAAAACAAAAGUUAUAUAAUAAUCCAGUAAAACACAUACCAUAUAACCGCUGAAAUAAAAUGUGAGAUUCAUUUUGGCAUUUUCUAUUCUAUUCCUCUCCAUCCUGUCUCAAUGAUAAAACCUGCUGGUUGAGACCCUUCAAACUGAUUUUAUGACCCAUUAGUGGGGUCUGACCCACAGUUUGAAAAACAGUUAUGAAACACUUCGGAUAUGGGGACUUAGCCAUUUCGUUAAGUUUGUUCCUAAAAAAAUCAGUCAUAUGGGACCUGAUCAAUAAGUAUCAAAAGACCAGAAUCCUGCUCUCAGAGUUCCAGAGUUGUUCUCCCUCUUUCACCCAUUUCUACUGCUAAAAAAUGUAUAGACCCAUGGGGGAGGGGAAAGGAGGCAUCAGUAGCUAGAUUUUCUCCAUCCUGCACAAAAAUGGAUCCACCUAAAUGCCUUUAGUAAGGCUGAGGAACAGUGAGCCUGUUGUUACCUUGCUAGCAUUUAAAAAAGUCUAGUAGGGGCACCUAGGUGGUUCAGUCAGCUGAGCAUCAGACUUUGGCUCA